AUGGGCAUACCCGCUGGUUCGAAGGGUGACUCCCCUCCUAGCAGUCUGCAGGCCAAUAUCCCCGGUCAUUUGGAUGUUUUUUGCUUGAAACUUAUUCCUUCCCAUAUGCUAGAGCCUCCCAGUAGCUCUGCUUACAUGGACCUCCAGGCUCCCUUUGUGGCUUUGGUUCUCCAGCCAAGUGCUUGGGCUUUUGCUACUUCUUAUUCUGAUUGUAGGGGCUUUCUAAGACAACAAGUUAAUUCAUCAAACAAAUGGGCUAACCUUAUCAAGUGUUGGGCUAUUUUGGUUAAGUUAAUGGGAUAUUUUGGCUGA